AUGUUCAAAGACAGGCUCGAACGGUUCUUCGUCCUUUCUAUGUCCUUUGUCCCUUUCUUUAAGAAUUCGUGGCGGCUUCCCAACUUUAAAAGUCGGAUGCUGAAGACCGGGUUCAUCACAGUUGUUUGGUUGCUUCUAGUGGUUGCCUUUCUUGACUAUUCUUUCAACGGACAUAUUGGUCGCUCGAUAGAGCCAAGUGCCGAAGAAAAGGAGAUUCAACCUGAUCAAGACUGGCAUUCUCUCCUUCCCCAAAAAAUGUGGCAGAUAUACCUUGCGCCCCCGACCGCCAAUAAGACCAGUUUUCAAAUCGACCCUCAGAAUCUUGUCGACACCGGCUCUUGGCUCGCUCACAACCCCGAAUACGAAUACGUUUUGGUUGGAGACAAAGGCGCCGAAUCACUUGUGCGCCAACAUUUUAUGGGAAAUCCAACCCUAUUGAGGAUAUUCAGAGAGCUGCAAAAUACCGGAAUGAAGUCCGAUUUGCUGAGGUACCUGAUACUUUCAAAACAAGGCGGCGUUUACUCGGAUAUUGAUACGGUAAACCUGAAGCCGAUUGAUCAAUGGGUGCCUGAAGGUUAUCAGAAAAACGUUCGCGUGGUUAUAGGGGUAGAAUUCGACCGUCUUGAUGGGGGAAAUUGGGGCGAGGUUCAUCCCGACCUGCAAUUCUGCCAGUGGACCAUUGCUGCGACUCCUGGACACCCUUUAUUCAGCUACAUGAUAGACUGGGUAAUUUCAGCACUAGAGAUUUUCAUGGAGGGACGGCAAACAACAUUUUCGGAACUUAAAGUCAAAUCAGCUGAAGUUAUGAAAAUGACUGGUCCAGCUGCUUGGACGGACGCUGUAUUCCGGCAGCUGCAGCAGUAUGAGCCAGAUUUGACGUCAUUAAGGAAUUUGAGUGGACUAGUGCAGCCGAGACUCAUAGGUGAUAUUUUGAUCUUCCCAAUUGACGGAUUCGGAAUGGGUCAGCCGCAUUCGAAUAGCACAAGGGACGGGUCAAUUCCGGAGGAGGCGUUGGUACAGCAUAAAUUCCGAGGAUCAUGGAGGCACAAUGACAUGUCAUAA